AGCCCGGGGGGGGGGGUACCUCUUUCCCCUGACUUCCCAGUGUGCUACUCAUGCCUGAUAAGGUACAGUGGGAAAAUUAAAUUGAUCGGGGUCCUCUAAUUAGAUUUGCAGUAUCAAAUGGCCGCUUGGACCUCCCAGGUAACAGUGGAUGCUCUCCACUUCAGUUGAUAGAUUAGGGAGGAAAGAAGAGGUAGGACCAGCUGCUUAAUGUUGCGGAUGUUGACGGAUGGUUAUAAAAUGUGGCCUUAUUUGCUGUGCUCCGAAGUGGGUGGGAGGAGAAUCCCUCAAGAGCUCAAACUUUCUCAACCGUUUGCCUGGAGAUGUGGCACUUAACCAGGUUUUUAAUGGGCAGCUGCUGCUCUAGCUUGAUGAACGGGUGUAGAACUUCCUCCUCCUCCUCCUCCUCCUUCUUCAUCACAGAUGUUGUCUAUGAGCCAGUUGCUUGUGAGAUGCUGUAGAAAACCCAGCUGCACCGCUAACAGAAUCUUUGGUGGUCUGUGAAUUUGUUGCAUCUUGCAAUAAGCUGGUCUUCCAGCGCCAUUCCAACGAUAAUUUCAAAUGUCAAGUAAUGUUGCCAGUCUCCAAGUUCUACAGGCAUUUGAUUUGUACAACCAGACCUCAAACUUGGGAGGAAAGAAAAUUAAGUAGAACUUUUCCACGGGAAUGUCUUAGCAACAUUUGGAAACUUCAGGUCUAACCCUAGAUGGUUCACCAGAGGAAAUAGCUUCACAUCAACUCUUGGUUUGAAGAAAUUGACAUCAGCCAGAAAUGGCUUCCUUGUCGUUGAACGGCUCUGUUGGAAAUGAUACAGACUACUAUGAAGAGCCUUCCUUUUCUUUGUUUGACAUUCCCGUCUUGGUGCCAGUGACGAUCAUUUGCAUCCUUUUGUUCUUCUUGGGCAUUGCUGGAAACGUGACCAUCAUACUAAUUUUUAAGCAGCACAAAGAGAUGAGGACCACAGUUAAUAUGUACUUAUCGAGCAUGGCCUUGUCCGACAGCCUGAUCUUCCUAGGCCUGCCCUCCGAUCUGUACAGGAUUUGGAAAUACAAGCCCUACAUCUUCGGCAACUUUCUCUGCAAGUUUAUUGUCUACCUCAGCGAAACCUGCACGUACUGCACGAUACUCCACAUCACCACCUUGAGCGUCGAAAGAUACUUUGCCAUUUGUUUUCCUUUGAAGGCUAAAACAACCAUCACUAAAAGCCGGGUCAAAGGCAUCAUUCUUCUCCUAUGGCUUUGUUCUUUAGUGACUGCCGUCCCCAUCCUCUUUCUCUUUGGGGUCGAACACCACAAUGGUAGCCUGCCGGAGGAAACGAACGAAUGCAAAUACAUAGAGCAAGCAGCCCAUUCGGGUCUUCUCGAGACGAUGACCUGGCUUUCCACCCUUUACUUUUUCUUGCCCGUGUUUUGCUUGGUACUCCUCUACGGACUGAUCUGUAGAAAGCUCUGGAGAACUGCACACAAGCUGGAGGGACAUCAUGCUGCAACUAGAGAGAAGUACCACCAGCAAACAGUCAAAAUGCUAGUGGUCGUCCUAGCCUUUGUGCUGUGCUGGCUCCCGUUACAUGCUGGCCGGAUCCUCUUUGCCCAAGGAAACAUGGUCCUAUACGAGAUCAGCCAAUACUUCAACCUCGUAUCAAUGCUGCUGUUUUAUCUUGGAGCAUCUGUAAACCCGAUCCUUUAUAACGUCAUGUCCCAAAAAUACAGGAAAGCCGUAUGCAAGUUUCUGAACCAUACCCGGGUUUGUCAGUCGAGACACCUAAGUAGGAGUGUCGAGACUUCUGUUGAAGGUUUGGAAAUCCGUUUUCACGUAAAGUAAUUUUGAAAUGUGCUAGAAAAAUACUAAUAAUUGCCUUAGCUUGCAAGAUCUUCCUUUCCAUCUAUCCUUC